CCCCCCCCGGCAGCCCACGCUGCAGCAGCGCUCCGGGCCGCCCGCUCCUCUCUUCCCCUUCCAUGACCCCGGGCUGCGGCCGCUGCCCCGAUCUCCUCCGCAAUGUUUCCUAGCCCUGUGACGACGACUCCCUUCUCGGUCAAGGAUAUUUUGAACCUGGAGCAGCAGCAGCAGGGUGGCCUGGCGCCUAUGGAGCUCUCUUCGCCCUCCUGCAUGUUGGCCACCUUCAAACAGGAGGCGUUCGGUUCCGAGCCGCCCGCCCUGCCCGAGCUCCCCGAGCCGCAUCCGGCCAAACCUCCCGCCGCCUUUCCCGGCCCCUACUACGUGAAAAGCUACGGAGAGAUGGACGCGGCCAAGGAUUCCAAGGCGGACAAGAAAGAACUGUGUUCCCUACACAAGAGCCUGGAGCAGGAGAAGAGAGAGCUGGAGGAUCCCGAGCGGCCCAGACAGAGGAAGAGGAGGAAACCCCGCGUCCUCUUUUCUCAAGCCCAAGUCUAUGAACUGGAGAGAAGGUUCAAGCAGCAGAAAUACCUCUCGGCUCCCGAGAGAGACCAUCUAGCGAACGUCCUAAAGCUCACCUCUACUCAGGUGAAAAUUUGGUUCCAGAAUAGAAGGUACAAAUGCAAAAGGCAGAGACAGGACCAGACCCUGGAGAUGGUGGGGAUCCCACCCCCCCGGCGGAUAGCGGUGCCGGUGCUGGUGCGGGACGGGAAGCCCUGCCUGGGGGAGUCUUCUCCCUACAGCUCGCCCUACAAUGUCAGCAUUAACCCCUAUAGCUACAACGCCUACCCCGCGUACCCCAACUACAACAGCCCCGCCUGCAAUGCCAACUACAACUGCAGCUACCCGGCCGUGCAGCCCGUGCAGCCCUCGGCGGCAGGCAACAACUUCAUGAACUUCAGCGUGGGGGACUUGAAUUCGGUGCAGCCGCCCAUCCCGCAGGGGAACGCGGGCAUCUCCACGUUGCACGGGAUCCGAGCGUGGUAGGGCGGC